GUGAGGAAGGCGGUGGAAGCUCUUCUGGCGUUCGCCCGGAGCAAGGCCAAGGCAGACGCGCUGCUCCUGAACGAGGCCGAGAGCGUCCAGCUGCUGGUGACGGUCUGGAAGGUGCCGCGGGUGGCGCAGACCAUCAGAAUACCACUGCCCCAUGGCAUUCGACCAGACACAGCUGAGGUUUGUCUGUUCACAAAGGAUGAACCAAACUUAUCAGCAGAACAGACUGAAAAUUUCUACAGGAAACUUUUAAUCCAGAGUGGCAUCAGAAGCAUUAGCCAGGUCAUCCCAUACAAAACUCUGAAGAAGGAGUACAAGCUGUUUGAGGCAAAGCGUCGCCUCCUCAACAGAUUCGACCUCUUCCUGUCUGAUGACAGAAUCAGGAGGCUCCUGCCCUCACAUCUAGGGAAGCACUUCUACGAAAAGAAAAAGGCACCUUUGUCUGUGAACCUGAAAGCCAAAAAUCUUGCUAAGGAACUGGAAAAACAUAUCCAAGGGACUACACUCCCAGUUAACAAUAAAGGCUGCUGUUACACAGCACGUGUAGGUCACACUGGAAUGAAAGCAGAUGAGCUAUUGGAGAACAUCAUUGCAGCAGCCAGAGUGAUUGCUAAGAAGUUACCAAAGAAUUGGAAAAAUGUGAAAAUUCUUCACCUCAAAACACUUAAAUCGGUUGCGCUUCCAAUAUUUACUGCAAAUGUCACCAACUUGGAUGAGCUUGACAGACAGCCAUCUCUCCAAAAGAAGGAAGUAAAGAAGGGAAAAAACAAGAAACAGAAGAAGAUAGCUGAAAAACAGAACUCAAGUCAAGUCACUCUGACAACCAAAAAGAAGGCUAAGGCUAAGGCUAAGGCUGCUUCCCAGGAGGUUGUGGUGAAAGAAAAACUAGAACUAGUCCAAGAACCAGGUGAUCAUGAUGAUGAAGAAAUUCCACAGCUGGUGCCUAUACAAACAAGCUCAGCUGAGCUGAAGGUAACUAAAAUGGAAGCAAGUCCAGAAAAAGGUGACAACAUGGGCAAGAAAACCGAAACACCCCUUGGUAAGAGAAAGAAACAACCUCUAGCUCUGGAGACUCCAAAACCAAAACGUGGGGUUACAGCAGAGAGUGCAGACUUGAAGACAUCAGCAAAACAGAAAAAAGACAAGCCAGUCAGCAAGGCAAAGGAAGCCAUAAAAGAAAAAGACAUGAAAAAGACUCCAAAAAAACCUGAAGCAAAGUCUUUUGCAACACCCAAAGCUGGCAAAGUAAUCCAGUCAGCCAAGAAGGCUUCAAAAUCACCGAAGCAAGCACCCAAGAAAGGGCGAGUGCCACAGUCAGCAUGA